UCCGCAGACCUCAAACAAAGGAUUGGGGAGGAGCGUCACAAAAUCUCGGUCCCUGAUUGGUCACGGAGAAGCCCGUCCCCUCCUCAAUGCGGAAAUCAAACUUGCAGGAGUUCAUCCUUGCUGUCUGCUGUCAGUGCUGGCGGUGUUGUCAUUGCUGGUGGUGCUGCCCUUGAAACGAAGAAAUAGCAUCUUGCAGAAAUGUCUCUGUCAUUCGAGGGAAGAGUCGUGCUCGUCACUGGCGCUGGAGGAGGUCUUGGCAGGGAUUAUGCACUGGCUUUUGCUGCAAGAGGAGCCUCUGUAGUUGUGAAUGACCUUGGGGUAGAUAUAGCAGGAGGUGGGAAGAGUUCUGCAGCUGCUGAUAAGGUGGUGCAGGAGAUAAGAGCAAAGGGAGGCAAAGCUGUGGCAAACUACGAUUCUGUAGAAGAUGGAGAAAAGCUGGUCCAAACAGCUCUGGAUGCAUUUGGAAGAAUUGACAUUGUUGUGAACAAUGCUGGGAUACUUCGUGACCGAUCAUUUUCCAGGACCAGCGAUUUGGACUGGGACCUCAUUCAUAGAAUUCACUUGAGAGGCUCCUUCAUGGUGACUCGAGCUGCUUGGAACCACAUGAGAAAGCAAAAUUUUGGCAGAAUCAUCAUGACCGCUUCAGCUGCGGGCAUCUACGGGAACUUCGGCCAGGCCAACUACAGCGCCGCCAAGCUGGGCCUGCUCGGGCUGGCUAACACCUUGGCAAUCGAGGGGGAGAAGCACAACAUUCACUGCAACACCAUCGCUCCUGUUGCUGGCUCACGCCUCACGGAAACCGUCAUGCCGCCAGACUUCGUGGCGGCCCUGAAGCCUGAGUAUGUUUCUCCUUUGGUCCUCUGGCUCUGUCACGAACAAUGCCAAGAAAAUGGAGGGCUAUUCGAGGUUGGUGGAGGCUGGAUAGCUAAAUUGCGCUGGGAGCGUACUCAAGGCAAGAUUGUGAGACAGAAGAACAAACCGAUGACCCCCGAGGCUGUUAGAGACCAGUGGGACAAAAUCUGUGACUUUACAGACGCUGACAAACCUUCAAGUGUAAAAGAGUCUAUGGGGUUGGUCGUGGACGUGUUGCAUCGAGUGGAGUCUGAUGCAAAUCUAACCUCUGCAGAGUCAGGAUCCAAGGUUAAUCCUGCUUCGGCUGUGGGACAACAAAAUGCACCAGCUGUGUUCAGUUACGACCACAUCCAGUGUAUUCUCUACGCUCUGGGGAUCGGCAUGUCCACCAAAGACCUAGAUAAUCUUAAGUUCCUGUAUGAAGGCCAUCCAGACUUCAGCUGCUUCCCAACAUUCGGGGUCAUUCCUACACUUUCACUCAUAACAGGUGUAGAUCUGAUCUCAAUCCCUGGAAUGGAUAUAGACUACUCACAGAUUCUGCAUGGAGAACAUUAUCUGGAGGUUUACAAACCCAUUCCAACUAAAGGUCCACUUGUCUCUAAGAGCAGCGUAGCAGAUGUGUUGGACAAGGGAUCUGGAGCUCUCCUUAUUUUUGACUCAAACAUUUACGACGGGGAUGAGCUGAUCUGUUAUAACCAGUUCGCAAUUUUUGUCGUUGGAUCUGGAGGCUUUGGAGGAAAGAGGAACUCAGAAAAAGCUAAAGUCACUCUGCCGCCUCCUAAACGUGCACCAGAUGCUGUGGUGGUUGAAUCAACCACGAUAGACCAAGCUGCCUUGUAUCGUCUGAGCGGAGACCUGAACCCUCUUCAUAUAGACCCCAACUUCGCCGCCUUGGGAAAAUUUAAGGUUCCCAUCCUGCACGGCUUGUGCUCAUUCGGCUUUGCUGCGAGACACGUCCUGAAGCAGUACGCCAACAACGACCCGUCAAGGUUCAAGGCUAUAAAGGUCCGCUUUUCAAAGCCGGUGAUACCAGGUCAGUCGGUGCAGACGGAGAUGUGGAAGGAGGGCAACAGAAUCUACUUCCAGACCAAAGUGAAAGAGACUGGUGACAUUGCACUGGCUGGGGCUUAUGUGGACUUACAUGGACCAGUAGAAGCCUCUCCAGAAAUUCACCACCAGGCGCUACAGGGAGGAGGUCUUCAGAGCGAGCUAGUGUUUGCAGAGAUCGGGCGUCGCAUUAAAGACUUGGGCUCAGAGAUGGUGAAGAAGGUGAACGGCGUGAUUGGCUGGGAGAUCACAAAGGAUGGCAAGACAGCCGCUCAGUGGACCAUUGAUCUGAAGAACGGCAGCGGCUCUUUGCACAAAGGGCCGUUCGGCGGGAAGGUGGAUUUGACCUUCACUGUGUCUGAUGAGGACUUCAUGGAUGUGGUGACGGGGAAGAUCCUGCCUCAGAAGGCGUUCUUCGCUGGCAAGCUGAAGCCUAAAGGCAACAUCCUCCUGAGUCAGAAACUGGAGGUCAUCCUGAAGGAUCACGCCAAGCUGUGAGCUCCCCUGCCAGCCAAUCAGACGCCUCCAGGAACUAAACUCACCGUACCAGCUCCGUCCUACUUCUUGCCUUAAGAUCCGCACGCUGUGCGCAGCGUUACACUUCGCCUCUCGUGGGACACUGGGAACAGUCACCCACCGAGACGAGCAACACUUCAAGGUUGAAUUCUCUCUCAUAAAUUCAGUUUCGCUGUCGACAAAAGACUCCAAAGAGUCUCAAACAGAAGAUGAAACGAGUCAUUUUUGUCACAUAGUCGUCUGCGGCAGAAAUAAACACUUCAAUGUUUCCAAACUUUAACGAACCACUAGGUUUUGAUAUAACUUAGUGUUACUUUUUGAUAUUACACCUAAUUACCAUUAAACUGAAUAAAGUAAAAAAAUGAACUGAAUCUGUUUAACUUCAGCCUUUAUAAAAGUAAUAAAGCUAUAAUUUAGUGAUGUUAUAACUACUUUACUAGACUGUUUCAUAUCUGUAAAUCACUGCAAACAAGUAUUUAACUAAUAAACUUUGAUAUAACUAAAGUUUGUGCAAUUGUAAUAUAACAAUGACCAUUGUAAUAAAGCUAAAUUAAAAACAAAA